UAUGGUGGCAAGCAAAGGGCCCGGCUGCGGCCCGACACCCGAUCUCCUCUUUGGCUCUGGCCUCCUUUUGUCCCGGUAUUUCAUAUCUGACUGGGCCACCCUAAUAAAAACCAUUCGCUYGGAGCUGGAGCCGCGAUGGAUCUGUGCUUUCGGAGCUUGAAAGCUCAGACAUGGGGAAUAAACAAACCAUCUUCACAGCGCAGCAGCUCGACGCAUAUCAGGAUUGUACAUAUUUCACUAGAAAAGAAAUUCUCAGACUGUUCUACCGCUAUCGGGAUUUGGCACCGCAGCUCGUUCCUCUUGACUACACCAACCACCCAGAUGUGAAGUUACCAUACGAGCUGAUUGGCAGCAUGCCGGAGCUGAAGGACAACCCAUUUCGUCAAAGGAUCGCUGAGGUUUUCUCUGAGGAUGGAGAAGGAAACAUGACGCUGGACGACUUCUUGGACAUGUUCUCAGUGCUCAGUGAGAUGGCGCCUCGUGACCUCAAGGCCUACUAUGCCUUCAAAAUAUACGAUUUCAACGACGAUGACUUCAUCUGCAAGUCGGACCUGGAGAAGACGCUGAACAAGCUGACCCGUAACGAGCUAACGGAGGACGAGGUGAAGAUGGUGUGCGAGAAAGUGAUCGAUGAGGCAGAUCUGGACAACGACGGACGUCUGUCGCUUGAGGAUUUCCAGCACAUGAUUAACAGAGCUCCAGAUUUCCUCAGCACCUUUCACAUACGGAUCUGAAGAAACCGGCGGCUACUUUCUCGCUUGUAAAAGCCCAAAUGGAUGGACUGAAAAUACUACAGAGYUUCACAAAUCAAUCUUCAGAAAACCCCUCC